UCUGUGUCAGUCUGCUCUGGACAGUGUUCGUGGGUGGAUGUGUGCGCGCGGGGCUCCUGGGUGGCCCUAACAUGUGACCUCCGCAUAUCACCCCCUCAUCCUAGUCCCUCUCGUGUCCCUCAUCCCCCUGUCACAUCCCCCCCUCCUGUGACUAGCGUGCGUCCUGUGAGAUCCUAAGGGCACAGCGGCCACAGGAUAUCCCGUUUAAAGGACAAAAAAAAAGGAAAUUUACAGAAAGAUAAAUAAUAAACAAUACAAAGAAGAAAGAAAAGAAGAAAGAAAGAAAAGAAGAAAAGAAAGAAAACAGAAAUAAGAAAAGAAAGAAAAAAAUAAACAAAAAUAGAUAAAAAUGGAGAAAAAAAGAAAAACAACGUGAUAAUAGACCAAACAAAAACAACAAAAACAAAAACAAUGAUAGAGGAGAAGAAGAAGGUGGAGGAGAAAAAAAAACCUACCUCCAAUUCAUGCUAAGUGGAGGAAACGAAGAAGAGGAGAAGAGGGAGAAGAAGAAGAAGAAGGGGAAAACAAGAGGAGGAUACAGUGAGAGGAAGAGAGGAUUUGAUAAACAGGAGAAGAAGGAGGAGGAGGAGGAGAAGAGAAGGAGGUGGAGGAGGAAGUGGAGGAGGUGGAGGAUAGCUAGCCAUGCCAAGGGGGUUCCUAGACCGUCACCUCCACCGCCGUCACCACCACCACCACCACCACGAUUCCACCUCCUCCACCACCAGCGGCACCACCACCUCCACCACCGCCAGCACCUCCACCAACACCACCACCACCACCUCCCUCACCAGCACCGCGGCGUCUGGGGGGUCGAAGAAAGGGUCGCGUCUCUGGCCUGAGGAAUGCUGCGGCAACGAGUCUGACCAGCUGCCUGAGGACCACCACAAUGCCGCCGCCUCCACCACCUCCUCCUCCUCCAUCGCCGCCGCUGCCGCCGCCGCCGCUGCGACCCUCCACUCCCCCCAGCAGCACCACCACCUUCAGGAUGGACCUCACGCCCUCUACCGGGGACUGCCGAAGGCGCUGCAGGGGGAGCCGCGCCCCUCUCAACUGCUCGAGGAUGACCUUAAGGAAGUCAUCGCCAGGGGGUCCAAGACGGGCAGCGGCGUGCUCCUCCCCCUGGUGUGCGUGGUGGUGGGGGCGUGGCUGCUGGGGGCGUGGGGCGCGUCCUGGGCCUGGCUGGUCAUCUGUGUGGCUUUCACCUGGGCGCUCGUCACGGGGGCGCUGCAGAGAGCCGCGCAGGACGCCGCCAGGCAUGAAUCUCUAAGGCUCUCAAGACGGCGGGCUCUGCAGGCGGACGAGAGCUGUGAGUGGCUGAACCUCCUCGUGAACCGCUGGUGGGUGUUCUCCUCCGCCUCCAUCUUCGCGCGGGUCAAGGCGGCGCUCGACCCAAGACUCGCUGAAGCCAAACCAGCCUUCCUCGAGACCAUAUCUUUGAAGCAGCUGAGCCUUGGUGAUCGAACUCCGGUCCUGCGAAGUGUGCGGGCGUGGGACGUGACAGCCACCACCGACCCCUCCUGCCCACGCCGCCCCCACUGCCCCACGCGCCCACCCCCCGGCCUGGCCCACGCCCCCACCCACACUUUAGCGCUCGUCUGUGACCUCGCCCUCGACUCUGACUCGUUCUCCGCGGUUCUGGCGGCGAGAAUAGGCGGGAAAGGUAGGAUGGGGGUGGAACUGGACGUGGGUGUGGAGAAGCUGGCGGUGCUGGGGCGAGUGGUGGUGACGGCGACCCUGGAUAUGGAGGCGCCCUUCCCGCACGUGGCCCGCCUCUCGCUCUCCUUCACCGAGAAGCCCCAAGUGUGGUUCAGCGUCAGGGUCCUCAAGGCCGUUCAGAUGAUGGAGCUCCCCGUGCUGAAGACGUGGUUGCACUCCCUAGUGAUGGACGCCCUCUCCACGGCCUGGGUCGAUCCUGGCCAGCUGGAGAUCAACAUUCACACCAGCGAGAUCAUUGUUCCGGAGACGCGCGCAGGGGACACGCUCGCCCAGGGGGUCCUCACGGUCAUCCUCUGGACCCUCAAAGGAACCUCAGGUCUGGACGAGGACAAGUGGGUGGUGGUGCACGUGGACGGGCAGCAGCACGUGACGCCCACCAUCGCCUCGCAGCGGUGGCAGGAGGCGUGCAGCUUCCUGGUGAGCUCCGCGCCGGGGAACCACAACCUGGUGCUCAAGGUGAAGACCAAGCGGCUCAUCACCACCACGCUCACCCAGUUCGACCUCCCGCUCAGUCAGUAUGGCCUUGAGAAUUGUAAAGUGGCAGAGACAGUGCUGCAGAAGAAGGGGGGGAAGGUAAUAGGGGCCAGCAUCCCUCCCAUCCACCUAAGGCUCCAGUACACCCCUCUCACCCCCAUCACCCUGGAGGCGCCCCUGCCCUGCCCCCUUACGGAGAACCAAGAAGGUGCUGGCGUCCUCUACAUCAUGGUUCACGGUGCUGACAACAUCACCACCACCUCGGAACAAUCCCCAAGCCCCUACUGCCUAAUCUUCAAUAACCGCAAGAAGGUGAAGACGACACAUUACGUGAGCGAGUGUGGCAGCCCGCGAUGGGAGUGUGGGGUGGAGGUGCUUGUGAGGGAGGUCUGCGCCGUCACCCUCGCUGUGGCUGUUCUCUCCCUCCCUCGCACUGCCCCCCUCCAAGACACUGAGCUGCUGGGUCUGGCCACACUUUCCCUCACAACAGUCAAGCUGCCCAUGGUACGCCGCCCUCUGCCCCUCACCCGCAGCCUCCCCACCCCUGGGACUGCACCCACCACCUCCACUCCCACUGGGACAGUGACGGUGACAGUGAUAUUCCGUUCAGUCCCGUCCGUGGCCGGCUGCAAUAUUUCCUCAGGUCCUGAUUCUACUUUGGAGCGUACCAGUCAAGCAGUCUUUGGGACAGCAGCGUCUGGUCAGCCACCUCCUACGUUGGGCACCCCAAGCGGGUCCCUAAGACGAUCCUCCCUCACAGGCCUUGGGGAUGAGGAGGACAUGAUGGGCAAGAAGAGACCCAAUGCCCCAUGGUACUCCCAGGCGAGUCGCCGUUGGGGCACCCAGGCCGGGACACAGGACAUUGGGGACAUCUUGGCCUCUGGACUCGGCCUAAUGGAGCUCACCAUCAUUAGGGCACGGGACUUGGUAGCAAAGGACCUCAACGGCUACAGUGACCCCUACUGCGUGGUGAAGGUCAACGGCGAGGUCAAGUACAGGACUCGGGUCAAGAAGAAGACCCUCAACCCUGAAUGGGAGGAGACACUCAUGACUCACCUGCCCAAACACCCUGACCACCUGUCAAUCACCUUGUGGGACCACGAUGCCUUCGGAAGGGACUUUUUGGGUUCUGUGUCCCUGGGAGAAGAGGAGGUGCGCGGAAUGUCCGUCAGCGAUGCCCCCGUGUGGUGCCUCCUGGAGGGGACAAAGUCUGGCUACCUGGAAGUGAGGAUCAAGGUCAUCUCGGACGAUUAUGAGAUCCUAUUUGAUGAAUUCAGCCCUGAAGGGUUUAUCUUGUCAGGUGCUGCAGCCCAGCACCAGAUUAAGGCAGUUGAUGAGUCGUCAACAACAGCCACAGCAAGCACUGAGGGGCGACUGGCUAUGGAGGGAGCCGAGGAGGACAUUGAGAACUCGUCUGUAGUGUUUCAGGACUCUCUAGAGGAGCCGGACAGCCCAGCCCCUUCAUCUGCUGUCUCGGAAAACAAGAGUGUGGAGCCGCCUGCCCUGCCUAAUGGACGGAGGGCCAGUGAGUCAGCCAUCCUGGACAGCCCAAGGGAGGAGACAGUCAACCACUCCAGCCACAGCGGGACCAUGAGCGCCUCAGCGACACCCGCCUCCUCCAGCCCCAUCCACCACCCGGGCCGGACGAGACGGACAGGGACGGGGGCCAAGAUCAUUGCCAGUGCUCUGUCCAUGGCUCGCGCUCGCUCCCAUGAGGCCUCCCCCGCCCACAGCCCCAAGAAACCCAACCCCAUCCCAAAGAUUAGUCUGACGGAGCACCACAGCGAAGAUGACUAUGGUGGUGGCAGCAGCAGCAGCCCGGAGCACCACCACCAGCAGCACCAGCAGCACAGCCACUCUCAGCCCCAUCACAAGUCAAAGAAGAGCUCUGACGGGGGUCUGAGGGCGAUGCGGGAGAAGGUCCGACGUGGUUUGGCUCACCCCCUCAGACGCUUUCGCUCUGAGGCUAACGUGAGGGAAGAGCAACAACGCCAGCAAGAGGAGGAGGAGGAGGAGGAGGAGUUGGAAGGCAGCGGCCACGACCUCCGGGGCAGCAUGCAUCACUCCAGCCACCACUCCCGCCUUCAGCUCUCCCUCAGUGUUGGAGUGCCUGUGAGAGUGGGAGUGGGUGGAGGGGAGAGUGAUGCGUCGGAGUUACUUGGAGGGGAUGCGCCUCUGAGCCACGCCAAGUCCCAGCCCAACCUGCUCCUUGAGGCUGCCAGACUUUCGUCAUCUACGAAAGCACUGAGCAGCAGCAACAACAUGAACAACAAUAAUAACAACAACAACAGCAGCGGCAGCAGUAUACCCCAACGGGCCGAGGUGUUUGUCAAUGUUCACGGCGUAGCAAGGCGUGUCCAGGGUCUCCACAUCCCACGCUCGGGCCUGCAACUCUUCCUUAGGGUCCGCAUCAGUGAUGAGAAGGGUGGUGGAAGCCUCAGCAGUAGCAGCAGCAGCAGCAGUGGAAAUCGGAGCACCAAGACAGUGGGGCGGUCCCGCUUGGUGCCGGCCUGCCCCUCACCCUCCUUUGACUGUGACUGGCAGGUCGAGAAUGAGGUCAGCCGUCGCGCCACCCUGGUACUGGAGGUCAGGUCAGGGUCCCGCCAACUCCUGAACUCUGCUAAUGUUGCCCUCGGGGACCUCUUCACAGAGCCUGGCACGGAGGGUAGUGUGGAGCGCUGGAUCAACCUGCAGGGGGGCGCCACACUGCUGCUCCGCGCCUGCCAUGGAGGAGACGCGCCCCCCACCUCACGAAGGCGCUCCCUCUUCCGCUCCUGGUCCCUGCAUCGUCUGGGCAAGAUCUGAGGGGCAGCGGCAGCUCUCCACACACUUCACCAUGUUGCCUAAGAGGAGAGAAGAAAGAUGGAGAGGAGAUGAAGAAAUUGAAAGUAGGGUGAGAAAAAGCUAGGGUUCUGAGCAUAAUGUAAAAAGUCACUAUUUAUUUAACAGAGUGUAGAAGAGAAAGAGAAGUUGGAGAGGUGGGCAUCAGUAUAGUAGCCCAGAGGAAUAGAAAUAAAAGGAAUGAAGAGGGAAGCUGCAGUGACAAACCCAAAAUAAGACAAUAUGCAGUUUGAGGCUAUAAGAAGGAGGAUCCAAGGUUGUUUAGCCCCUAUAAAGGAGGACCGAAAAAUAAAGUUACAUGCAGUCAAGGUUUUCAUGAGGACUAAAGAAGAUAAUGUACUGUAUACGUUUUCAAAAUUGGAGAGAUCCAUCUUUUUAACUAUUUUGACUCGAAGAUAAAUUAGACAUUAGAUUAGGCUGAAGAAGGGGCUACAAAAAGAGUGUUCAAUAAUGAUGACAAGGUAGUGAAGCCAAAUACAAUAAUGUACUCACAACUACAAUGAACAUGUGACAAUACUGAACCAAGACUGUGACAAUGGCCAUGAUACUUAAAUACAAAGCUCAUCUUUUUAUUCCUCACAUGAUUAAUUACAUGACAAUAGGUGUAUAAGCUCAAUAGUGUGUUAUUAGUAUCUAGCUAAUAAAUACUACUUCACCUGGAGGAGUAGGAGGAGGAGACCAUGAAACCAGUCAGUCAAGAAAUCCAUAUAUGGUCUGUCAGACCUAGCAAAACCCUCCUCAUACAUUCCCACCAAAGUUUUUACUCCAUUUUUAUCCAUUUAAUGCCAGUAUUGGUGAUCUAGUCAUUUAUUCUUAGGGUUUUGAAUACCACGAUAGAUAAUAAGCUUAAUUUCACGUUGUGCCGAGUCCGCUUGCAUGUGACCUUACUCCCACAUAUCAUCUGUGCACAAUAAUAAAUGUUUCUCGGUUCCUCGUGA